CCGACUCUCACCUUGACAAAUUUCUCUCUCUAAGUCACCAUCGUCAUCGUCAUCAAGAGGAAGAGAAGUAAGAACUCACCCCUGACCUGACUUCCUCUGCUCCUGCGCGUCGACCUCAACUCUGCUGAAUUUCACUUCGUAGAUGGAGCAGUCUCUCUUGUCUCUUACGUAUAAAGGAUCAAUACUAGAAGCAAUUUCUGAAGCCAAAGUGCAGAGGAAGCUAUUUGUUGUCUACAUUUCAGGUGAAGAUGCGGAAUCAGCACGCAUGGAAGAAACUACCUGGAGGGAUUUCCAUGUGUCGGAGUCACUGUCCAAGUACUGCAUUUUUCUUCAUGUCCUUGAAGGAAGCACAGAUGCCUCUAACUUCUCAAAAAUAUACCCCCAGGGAUCUGUUCCUUGUAUUACAGCCAUUGGGUAUAAUGGCGUGAAACUUUGGGAAAACGAGGGAUUUAUCGGUGCUGAAGAUCUAGCAUUAGGUCUUGAGAAGGCAUGGUUGAGUCUACAUGUUCAGGAAACAGCCGCUAGUGUUUUUACUGCAGCACUCGCUGCUAGAAAAUCUGAACAAUCUGGUUCUCAUGCAUCAAGUGCGGCUUCAAUAGAGCAAGGUAGUUCUUCAAGAACAGCUGCUAAUUCUUCUUCUGACGAGCACAAUCAAGGAUCUGAUACAAUACCUUUGGUGUCCUCUGAGAUACUUGAAGAAAAAAGAUGCUGUGAAGACAUUGCUGAGAAAAUUGAUGAUGAGAAAUCAUCUUCUUUGGCUGAGGCAGCUAAAGGAUCAGGAGAUCCUAGCUCGUCUGAUCUUGGCAACAACUCAGAUGAUUGCAAGUUUUCCCACAUUGGAAAGGGAAAUUCUGUCUCAGAGGAAGCUGCAAAAUGCUCAUCAGAGAUUGCAGAACUCCCAGAGUCAAACUCUAACGAAUCAAAUGUAACUUCAUCACAGGAAAGGCCUCGUUCUGUGGAGGAUGUUGACAUUGAUGCGACUUGCAAACGUCCCAGUGGUAGUCAAUCAAUGGAUGUCCAUUUAAGUAUCCGCUUGCCCAACAGUAUAAGUCUUCAACACAAGUUCUCUGUGACAAGCACUUUGAGAGUGGUCAAAGAGUACGUGGACAAAAAUCAAGAUGGUAACAUUAACUCCUACAAUUUGGCCAUUCCAUAUCCUCGAAAGGUAUUUACUGAUCAAGAUUUGGACAGAUCUUUGUUGGAGCUGCAACUGGUUGGUAGACAAGCAUUGAUGGUGGUUCCACUAGAAAGAGGCACUAAUCAUAAUAGAGGAGGUUCCCUGUCCCAGCACCUACCAAGUCCAACUGAUGAUUCUUCUGAUGGAAAUAAUGGAGGGUACUUUGGAAUUAUGAGAAGAAUCUUGUCCUACGUGAAUCCACUUUCUUAUCUUGGGGGCACGUUCCGCUCAUCAGAUCCUACUCCUCCUCCUAAUAACUUGGCAAGAAUGGAAGGACCAAAUCUCCGUGCCUCGACAAAUCAGAACACUUCUACGGGAAUCAGAGCUGAGGGCGGGAGCAGGAGACCGACAUCAUCCCCUUUCGGUAGCAACAUACAUACUCUGAAGCGUGACGAAGAUGAUAAUCGUUUCGGCGAUAGAAAUUCUUUCUGGAAUGGGAAUUCUACACAAUAUGGCGGCGACGGUGAUGGAAGAUAGGAUGUAAUUACAUGAGGAAGUUUACGUCUGUUUUUCCUCCUUUUCUCUUUUCAGGCCAGUGUUAAAGGUAUAAAGAGAUGUGAAAUAAUGAAGUCGGGAUGGAUGGUUUGGUCGAUCGGUGAUGUUCAGAUCUUGCAAUAGUGAAAUUGCAAAAUAUCAUCCAAAAUUUGUGAA